GUGGAGCCAGAGGGGCUUCAGCAGGGGAUUAAAGUCAAAGUCCUCACACUCUUCACACCAGCGGCUCACCCACUGACCGACUGACGAUCUGGAAAGCUCUGGAUGUUUCCGUGAAGAUCCAUGCUGGAUAUAAAGGCUGAGGCGUUCAUGAUCAGUUUCACUUCGUGAGUCAGGAGUUUUUAAGAUUCAAGUCAGACUCAACUAAAUUCAGCUUGAAUUUUCACCAGAAGAGUGAGUUUUGGAGACUUUGAUAACAUUCAGACCUUUUUGCAUUGAGCUGACUUCUCAUUUUUGGAAGCAGUUUGUUAGACCCAAAGACGCACGCUAACUCUCAGAAAACCAGACACACUCUGCAAGGUUUUGUAGAAUUUAUUUCUAAAGCCCUGAAGAAAUAUAAGACGAGUAAAAUACCAAUUUCUCGGAAAGCAUCCCAUCUAGUGUCCUGUCACAAUGAGUUGCGGUGGAACCACCACAGUUUCACCACAGGAGCCUCAGGCUUUCAAACGGGCUGUACGGAAGAUAAAAUGUGCUGCUAUGGUGGCCAAUUUGGCCAAGAGCUGGCAGGGCUGGGCCAAUGAACAUGCAGGCAAGCAGGAUGCUAUCCCAAGUGGCUGGAUGCCUUCAUCUGUCGAGGAAGAAGACAAAAAAGAGCGCAACCAUGUGGUCAAACUUACUGUUACCCCGCGUGUAAUCACAGCAGAAGCCUCAGACACCAGUGCAAGUAAGAUCAGGACCUGUACUGUCACCAAAACGGUCCAACCAAAACGCAGCGAGUGCAGCAGCAGUGAUUUGGUCAAUGCCAUCCGAGGAAAGAUGGAGUCAGGUCCAGAGGAGAGCAAGCCGUUCUUGGGCAACGAGUCGCCGACACGGCGGCGCCAGAUGAGGGCACUACAGAGUGGAGGGGGAGGAGGGGUCAUCCAAGACAAGAAGACGAUGCUCCAGGACAAGAAGCCAGGGUCGAGGAGUAGCAGUGUGGACACAGAGGACAGUGGCCUGGGAGAGGAGGCAGGGCUCAGCGACAACAAUGAAUCCAAAACUGAACAGGGGGAGAUCCAGCCCAAGAAACAAACCAACAGGCCAAAGAUUAAGAUUGCCACUAUGGGUGACAUCAAAAGCCGCUGGCAGCAGUGGUCCAACCUGCACAUCGAGGGCCAGAAGCUCAACCCCUUCAGCGAGGAGUUUGACUACAAGUACGCCAUGGCUCAGCGCCUCCGCAAGGGUGAUGCCGGUUACGGUCGACCCAAAGACGGCUCCAAGACGGCAGAGAGGGGCGACCGGGCCCAGAAACACAUCCACAGGGAGAUGGAAGAGAUGGUGUGGAUUAUCAGGGAUAUGGGCUUCAAGGACAAAGAGGGGAGGACCAUCAUCUCCUUUGGCAGGCUCUUCGACCGCUACGUGAAGAUCUCAGAUAAGGUGGUGGGCAUCCUGCUGCGCUGCCGCAAACACAAGAUGUUGGACUUUGAGGGGGAGAUGCUGUGGAAAGGACAGGAUGAUGAUGUUAUCAUUACACUGAGGGACUGAGGACAGACAUGAUGUCUUAAAAACAUCCACACAUACAAACACACCCACUAAUCCCACACAUCAGCCCAGCCAGAGAAACAAUGCUAAUCACAAUGCUACAUCUUGUAUGCAAGAAAAAUGUAGUCGUGUGAAAGAGAGAAUAGUGCAAUGUGAUUAUAAUGUUAAACAAUAAUAAUAAUUCUCACACAGCUCACAGCUUCAACGAUGAACACACUGAAAGGUAAAAAUCAGUAAAACAUAAAACAAUAGACAGACAACAUCUCUAAAACUAUUCACAUCAGAUCUUUAAUACACUUAAAUUAUUAACAGGCUGUGAGUGGACACACACACACACACACACACACCAGACUCAUUAGUUCUUCUCAUAUACCUGACAGGUCAUCCGGUGAAGGGAAGCUAUCUUUUGCAUGCUAACCAUGCUCGCCUUGCUAACUAUGCUGUAUGCUCGAGGCCUCGAGAAUCCAACACAAUGUCAGCCAUGUUAGAAACCUUCACUCAGACUGCAGCUGAACAAACUUACAGGAGGUUUCAUCUCCUAAUUCACUGGCAGACUUAACUUUUAACUCUUAAGAUCAUUUUAAAAACAAACAAGCUAGCACGGAUGUAGCCUUGUCACAGAAUAUUGUGCAUUCAAAAUGAGAAUUACACAGCAAUGUGACCAAAGGGGGUUUUUGUCCCCUUUGGACUGACUUUAGCGUUAAAGUAUGUGAGUGAAUAUUUGGCAGUGGUUUAAGCUAAUAUUUACAUUAAGGCAGGAACAGAUGAAAAAUAGAUUGGUAUACUAAACAAGAGCUCAGUUACCAUUGGAUAGUUUUAUAGUUUUGUAUGUGCACUUUUUAUGGGAUAUAAAUUUAGAAUGUUUAACAAGUCAGCUUUGUUAAACUUUGUGGAUGUACAGUAUGGAUGGAUACUUCAAAGCAGAUUGAGCCAGUUUAGGCAGCUCUCUAUAGACUAAUAUAUGGGCUGCCUGUCGUCAGUAUUUCAAACCAAAGUUGGAGCCAUUGUCUUUGGACCACAAUAAUUAUCUGUUUUCAGUUUUCUAGCCAACUAACUGGUUGAUUUGCCCUUGAUUGUAAAAGUAGAAAAGCUUUGUAGAGUUACUCACAUAUAACAUUUUAUCAGUAAAGGAAACCAGCAGUAGCAAGAAGCUUGAGCACAGUGAAAAACUCUUGUUCACCGAUGUGAAACGUUCAACUGUAUUGUGAAAUGUCAUUUACCUCAUUUGAAUAUUUAGGAGAAACUUGAGCUGUGUGAAUGAAACUUAGAGGUGCUUAAUAAGUUAAUUUUGAGUAUUUUUUUUCUUUCAAAGUGAAAGCAUAUGAGACUUCUUACAGAAGCACAAUUUUAUUACAAAAUGUGUCAUAAGAACUGUGCAGGGUGGUGUACCAUGCACAGGUUAUAAAGUAAAGUAUUUUGUCAUUGGAAAAUCCAUUUAGUACUGAGACUGUGAAAUUAGUGUUUUGGCAUUUUUGCUGUGCUCAGAGUGUUAACAUGGGACGUCAAUAAAGACUUUAAAUACUGAUA